UCUCUCUUUUCAUUGUACGUCAUUUCCCCACCUGGGCUGGUUCGGCUCUAAAUGAAGAGAAUUAAAAACACAAACUCUUUCUUAUCUUCGCUGGGAAAAAGUCCGAGAGGUUCAGAUAGUUAGAAACUAUCUGAGAACUGUCAAGGUUAUCGCACCUUUCAUUUGGGGCAUUACUGCUCUGCCAACAAACCGACUAAUUUUGGACAAGACACUAAUCCUCUGGAGGUCUCAUAGGUUAGAUUAUACCAGCCUGUGCUUCCCAAAUUUGUUCACAUCACAGCACACACAGAACGUGGUACUGCAGGACACAGGUAAACGGAGGGCGCAGCGCAGCAAACCUGCAACCAACCGGAGGCCCUGCCCUGCGUCCCCGCACCCACCGGUGUGGAAGCCCUUAAAGAGCGCUCCAGUCCGCAGGUUCGUUCCAGCUGACGCGCCACGGCCAUCUGUUACAGAGGAUGAGCUGGGGCUCCCGCUGUUUCUGAAAUCAGUGGUCUUUCCCUCAUUGUAAAACAAAACCUUUAUUCCUAAAGAGAAUUAAAGCCAAAAAAGGCACAAAAACUGCAGGCCACGUAGCUACGCAAACCUCAAAUUACUGUACUAUUCUAGCGUGCUCUCCGCCGAUCUUACGUCUCUUCCCAGCAGGCUCCAGGAAUCAUCGCGAGACUUCAUCAAUUCUCGCGAGAUUUAUCGGCAGCCAUCUUCUUGGGGGUGCUGGGAGCCGGGAAGACCCCCCGAAUCAUUCCCAUUUAGCUGCCCUUCGUCUUCGCUUUCUUCACUUUUGCCUCUUCUGCGUUGCCAACAAGCACCUGGUCCUGAGGCUGAGAUAAAGUCCGGGUCUAGGCGCGUGCCGCGCUCCCGGUCCAGAAAGAUUCGGUGGGGUGGAGGGCAGGGGGAGGGCCCGGGCAAACCGUUGCUGCUUCAUACCGGGCCGGGGUCCGGGGAGGGGGAGCUCCUGGUACCCCUUGGACUUGCAGACUGCGGCCGUCCCCGCGGAGCUGUUCACCUAUCCCGGCUCGCGGGAACCUGCCACCGGCGCCUCCCACGGCGGCCCACGCGGGCGGUGCGCGGAGGAGGGGGCGGGGGCAGCGGCGGCUGUAGCGGCCGCGACCUGGGCUGGCUGACGAGUCUGACGGGCCUCGGGGCCGUUGUGGAUGGUUUCUAAAAUGAUCAUUGAAAACUUCGAGGCACUGAAGUCCUGGCUCAGCAAGACUCUCGAGCCCAUCUGUGAUGCAGAUCCAUCAGCUCUAGCAAAAUAUGUUCUUGCUUUGGUAAAAAAAGACAAAAGUGAAAAAGAGUUAAAGGCAUUAUGUAUUGAUCAACUGGAUGUAUUUCUUCAAAAAGAGACACAGAUAUUUGUGGAAAAACUUUUUGAUGCUGUGAAUACAAAGAGUUAUCUACCUCCUCCAGAACAGCCGUCAUCAGGAAGCUUGAAGGUAGAAUUUUUUCAGCACCAAGAAAAAGAUAUAAAAAAGGAAGAGAUCAUAAAGGAGGAAGAGCGAGAAAAGAAGUUUUCCAGAAGGCUAAAUCAUAGCCCUCCCCAGUCAAGCUCCCGAUACAGAGAAAAUAGAAGUCGUGAUGAGAGGAAAAAAGAUGAUCGUUCUCGCAAAAGAGAUUAUGAUCGAAACCCCCCUCGCAGAGAUUCAUACAGAGACCGGUACAAUAGAAGACGAGGGCGGAGUCGCAGUUACAGCAGGAGUCGGAGUCGCAGUUGGAGUAAAGAGAGGCUUCGUGACAGGGAUCGGGACAGAAGCAGAACUAGAAGCAGGAGCAGAACACGAAGCAGGGAACGGGAUCUGGUAAAACCUAAAUAUGACCUGGAUAGAACAGAUCCACUAGAAAAUAAUUAUACUCCAGUUUCUUCAGUACCUACUAUUUCGUCUGGCCACUACCCUGUACCUACCUUGAGUAGCACUAUUACAGUAAUUGCUCCUACUCAUCAUGGUAAUAACACUACCGAAAGUUGGUCUGAAUUUCAUGAAGACCAAGUGGACCAUAACUCAUAUGUCAGACCACCAAUGCCAAAGAAACGGUGUAGAGACUAUGAUGAAAAGGGUUUCUGUAUGAGAGGAGACAUGUGCCCUUUUGAUCAUGGAAGUGACCCGGUCGUUGUAGAAGAUGUGAAUCUGCCUGGUAUGCUGCCUUUCCCAGCACAACCUCCUGUUGUCGAAGGACCACCUCCUCCUGGACUCCCUCCACCUCCACCAAUUCUUACACCCCCACCUGUGAAUCUGAGACCCCCUGUGCCACCACCAGGUCCAUUACCACCCAGUCUACCACCUGUCACAGAUGAUAUUUCUUAUUCUUUGGUUUUGACAGGACCACCACCUCCACUUCCUCCUUUGCAGCCAUCUGGCAUGGAUGCUCCCCCAAACUCUGCAACCAGCUCUGUCCCUACUGUAGUAACAACUGGUAUUCAUCAUCAGCCUCCGCCUGCUCCACCCUCCCUUUUUACUGCAGUUUUUGUAUUACCAGAUACAUAUGACACAGAUGGCUACAAUCCUGAGGCCCCAAGUAUAACAAACACUUCCAGACCUAUGUAUAGACACAGAGUGCAUGCACAAAGGCCUAACUUGAUAGGACUGACAUCAGGGGAUAUGGAUUUGCCACCCAGAGAAAAGCCUCCUAAUAAAAGCAGUAUGAGGAUAGUAGUGGAUUCAGAGUCAAGGAAAAGAACCAUUGGUUCUGGGGAGCCUGGAGUUACUACAAAGAAGACUUGGUUUGAUAAACCAAAUUUUAAUAGAACAAACAGCCCAGGCUUCCAGAAAAAGGUUCAGUUUGGAAAUGAAAAUACCAAACUUGAACUUAGAAAAGUUCCUCCAGAAUUAAAUAAUAUCAGCAAACUUAAUGAGCAUUUUAGUCGUUUCGGAACCUUAGUUAACUUACAGGUUGCCUAUAAUGGUGAUCCUGAAGGUGCCCUUAUCCAAUUUGCAACAUAUGAAGAAGCAAAGAAAGCAAUAUCGAGUACAGAAGCAGUGCUAAACAAUCGCUUUAUUAAGGUUUAUUGGCACAGAGAAGGAAGCACCCAGCAGUUACAAACCACUUCUCCAAAGGUAAUGCAGCCUUUAGUUCAGCAGCCCAUUUUGCCUGUUGUGAAGCAGUCAGUCAAAGAGCGGUUGGGUCCAGUACCCUCAAGUACUAUUGAACCAGCAGAAGCGCAGAGUGCCAGUGCAGACCUUCCGCAGAAUGUAACUAAGUUAUCUGUGAAGGACAGGUUGGGUUUUGUAUCAAAGCCAUCUGUUUCAGCAACUGAAAAGGUGUUAUCUACAUCUACUGGCCUAACAAAAACGGUGUAUAAUCCAGCUGCUUUGAAAGCUGCACAAAAAUCCUUACUUGUUUCCACUUCUGCAGUUGAUAAUAAUGAAGCACAGAAAAAGAAACAGGAGGCACUGAAACUUCAACAGGAUGUAAGGAAAAGGAAACAAGAAAUUUUAGAAAAGCACAUUGAAACACAGAAGAUGCUAAUUUCAAAACUGGAGAAAAACAAAGCAAUGAAGUCUGAAGAUAAAGCAGAAAUAAUGAAAACAUUAGAGGUUUUGACAAAAAAUAUUACCAAGUUGAAAGAUGAGGUCAAAGCUGCUUCUCCUGGACGCUGUCUUCCAAAAAGUAUAAAAACCAAGACUCAGAUGCAGAAAGAAUUGCUGGACACAGAGCUGGAUUUAUAUAAGAAGAUGCAAGCUGGAGAAGAAGUUACUGAACUUCGGCGAAAGUAUACAGAAUUACAGCUGGAAGCUGCAAAACGGGGGAUUCUUUCAUCUGGUCGUGGCAGAGGAAUUCAUUCAAGAGGUCGAGGUACAACUCAUGGCCGAGGCCGGGGUCGAGGUCGAGGUCGAGGUGUACCCGGUCAUGCUGUGGUGGAUCACCGCCCCAGGGCAUUGGAAAUCUCUGCAUUUACAGAGAGCGACAGAGAAGACCUUCUUCCUCAUUUUGCGCAAUAUGGUGAAAUUGAAGAUUGUCAGAUUGACGACUCCUCACUUCAUGCAGUAAUUACAUUCAAGACAAGAGCAGAAGCUGAAGCAGCUGCAGUUCAUGGGGCUCGUUUCAAAGGGCAGGAUCUAAAACUGGCAUGGAAUAAACCAGUAACUAAUAUUUCAGCUGUUGAAACAGAAGAAAUUGAACCUGAUGAAGAGGAAUUUCAGGAAGAGUCUAUGGUGGAUGACUCAUUACUUCAAGAUGAUGAUGAAGAAGAAGAGGAUAAUGAAUCUCGUUCUUGGAGAAGAUGAUUUGACUGAUCAUUGAUCUGCAUUUGCUAGAACUCGACCUGUGUUUCAUUAGUAUUAUCUAAUGUACUUUUACAUAUUUGUAAAAACAAUUUUUGGUAAAUGUGAUAAAGAUGGAUUUCACAAAUAGACAAAAGAGAAGAAAACUACCUUCUGAUCUUGUAUUUUGAAAGAUUGAUGUUUGCAUUUUAUUUCAGUAAACAAUUGCUAAAGGCAUCACACCAGAAACAUAUGCAAUGUUUUUAUUACAUACUUCUACUGAAUAUUACGGAACUCUGGGUUCUUUGUAAUUUAAUGAAUAGGUCUAAAAACUUAUGACCAAUACUUGUUAUAACUUAGAGAAUUUUGUUUUACUCCAAAUAAGGAAUGAAUUUGCAUUUAAAAUCUUAAUGAAUGUUUUCAAAAAUGAAUAGAUAACAUAGUACUCUAACUAAAGUCUUCAAGUUAUGUAUUCAUAAUAUUACAUAGUAGUAUGCUUAGGCUUUACUAUGUAUUAGACCUUUGUUGGACUUGUGUAUGUAUUUUACCAUAUGGGUUUUAAUGAUAACGGUGUUAAUGACUGCUUUGCAUAUGACUCCUUAUGCAUUCAGAUGUUUAAAAUAAAGUGGAAUGGUCUCUUAAAAAGAAAAGAAAAGAAAAAAAGCAAUGACAAAAAAAAACAAAAAACAAAAACAAGACAAUGUUCUUUGAUUUAAAAAAAAGAAAGAAAAAAAAAAACAAAAGAAAACAAUUGAAAUAAAUAGACCAUUCCAGAUGGUGAUCUACCCUUCCCCCCCAAUUAUCACAAAAGGAGCUAUAAUCACUAAUUUAGCCUCAAUAAUAAUGGUUACUGGUACUUUUACAAUAAUGUACAAUCCACUGUUUAAAAUUUAUACCACUUCAGUUUGGUUUGAUCCUAUAAAUUUUCAACAGAUGUCUUAAAAUUUAAAAGCAGGCCGAUUAGUUUGGAACCAGACUUCAAGUAGAGCUAACAUUUGGUGAAUAAGAAAACCAUCACAUUACAUUUUGGAUGUAUGAAAGAAAACUUGACCAUUUGAAGAUGUAUGAAUAAAGAAAUGUACUAUAGAUACUACUUUAGGAAAACACUGUUUGUAGUCGUGAAAGGUGCCAAAUUGGCAGAGGCUCACGUUUCUUCUCUUUACACCAAACAGCAGAGAGAGAUCAUCAUUGCCUGAAUUUAGCUUUGUGACUACAACAGCAAGACUUGUUCCUGUCUGGAGACGACUGUUACAACAUCAUUCUAUCAUUUUAUGUUUGCCCUUUAUCAAUUUGAAUAGAUGUUUACAUGUACUAUAAUUAGCAUUUUUAUCUUUACAGUUCUCUAGGGGUACAUCUGAGUCCAGAAGUAUAUCUGAGUGUGUCCUUUGUCCUUAGUCUUAAAUGUUUUCUCCCCUUACUUUAUAGCCAUUUAUUUUUUAAACACCAAGCAAAGGGUUCUAAUAGGAGAUAAGUUUAGUCUCAGCCAAGUUGAGAAUUGUUUCUGGGAAGUCCAUAAAGCUUUGACGUGGUAUUAAUUAGUACUAAUAAUUUAGAAUGAAGAAAAUGAUUAAAGUUAAACGUGGGUUUGGUUUUAAUUUUUCUGGGUUUUAGGAUACACUUUUGGGUUUAGGAUAAUCACUUGAAAUAAAUUUGAACAGAUGGCAAAAUACAUUUUUGCACACUGUAUAAUAACUUGCCUAUUUCUUCCAAAUACACUUACUGAAGUUAUUGCCAAGACCACUUAACUCAAAUAAUUUUUUUAAUUAGCUCUUUAAAACCAAUAAGGAGAAUAAUU